UUGAAGUGGACGAACUCUUAACAUUUACCGUAAAUUGUAUAUUUUGUUGAACAAAUUGCACAAGGAAAAAUGUGUUCGUUAAACGAUUGCAUAUUUGAUGGUAACGAUGAUGACAUAUCUAAAGAAGAUUUAUCGUCAGAUACGACACUAUGCAGAAAAUGCAGAUGCGUAAACGCCGAUAUUUUAUUACUUGGCCAAAGCGGUUAUUGCAAAACUUGUUUCCUAAAUGUUACAAAUCACAAGUUUAGAGCGGCACUUGGUAAAUCUAAAAUUAUUCGCCACGGUGACAAAAUAUUGAUCCAUUACUCAGGAGAAUUAAAUUCCACUGUGCUCUUACAUCUCAUUAAAGCUGGUAUGAGCGAAUCUGCUCACAAAAAACUUAUUUUUGAGGCAGUAAUUUUGUAUGUAGAUGAUAAUAUGCAAAAAACCAAUGAAAGGGACAUACUGCGACAUAAAAUUGCUGAUGAAACAAAGGCCUCUGGAUUUAACAGUUAUGCUGUGUCAAUGAGUCAAAUUUUAAGUGAAGAGGAUACUUUGGAUAUAAAACCUAUAGAUCGAGAGAUAAAUUAUGAAAAUGAUAAUCGACUGCAUGCGAUAUUGGCUAACUUAUCGGACGAUACCUCGAGGACGGAUUUUCUCAAUCAGUUGCGUCGAAGACUACUCCUAUCGGCAGCUCGGAAACUUAAUUGUAACAAGAUAUUUGUAGCUGAUUCUGCUGCGGACAUCGCUAUGAAUGUGCUUGGUGAUGUAUGCUUAGGACGAGGCGCGCAACUUUCCAUGCAAGCAAACUUUUGCGACGCUCGAUGUAUCGACAUUAAGAUACUCAAACCAAUGAGAGAUUUUACGCAGCAGGAGUUAGUAUAUUAUUCAGAGUACCAUAAAAUAAAUCCUGUUAAAUCAAUAGAAGACAGUAUACCGGCAACUUCUGUACAGGCAUUAGCACGCAAUUUCACGAUGGAACUGGAAUCUCAAUUUUCUAGUACAAUAUCUACCGUAUACCGCACAGCCGAUAAAAUAAGCCCGAGGAGCAACGUACAACAAAGUAUAGAAAAUAAUUGCGCACUUUGUGAUGCAAUAUUGGACUUUGUCCCUUCUGGCAAUGAAGUGACUGCCAUGAGGGCGAUCGAGGUUUCUAAAUUAGUGUCUUCCAAAUGCAUCGAUACAAUAAGUUCUAAUAAUGAAAAAAACGGAGAAUCAGAUUACCUCUUUACACACUCGGACAAUAAUGGAUGCUGUAACGAUAAUGUCAACUGUAAUUGUGAGAACAAUAGAGAGAGACAAGUAACGACAGAGGACGUUUGGAGAAAUCUCUGUUAUAGUUGUAGACAAAUAUUUCGAAAUUCGGAUAUUUUACACAAUUUGCCAUUACCACUGUUACUCGCCGUUCAACAAAGAGCAGCUUUAAAGAAAAUGAGAGAAAAAAUCAGUGACUUUUUGUUAUAAAUAGAACAUAUAGAAAUAAAAGAAUUUUUACUUUAAA